UGACACGUCGUUAAUCGGUGUACUUCAGACGGAAGCGAGUGUUCAAAACGUAGUCUUAAAGUGAUCCAAACGGAGUCAUUUAGUGAGCUACGAAACUUCUAGUUCUUUUGUUAUAUAUCCGUCCUAUAAAGUUUUUAUGCGUUAAAAUAUUUGACGAAAAAGAAUUGGAGUUUUGCUAAUUACAGAAUUAAUACUGUGAUAAAUACCUUUUCGGUGAAAAGAGCUUUAAUUAUCAUAAAUAACAAUGCCUGCCGCACCUAGUGCCACAUCGGUUGGAUCCGCGGGUCGUUCACCCAGUAAAGCUAUAGCACCUAGAGCAGGUGGCAGUGGUACUGUCAGACAACGCAAAACUGCCACUGCUACUUCAUCUAGAAAUAGAAACACUGGUACAAGUUCUGGUGGUAUGUGGAGAUUUUAUACAGAUGAUUCGCCUGGCAUCAAAGUAGGUCCAGUGCCAGUACUCGUCAUGUCCCUCUUGUUCAUCGCAUCUGUAUUCAUGCUUCACAUUUGGGGAAAAUAUACCAGAUCUUAAGGAAAGCGAUCGUGUUAAAUCACAUUACGUUAUAAAUGAAACUUAUGAGGCGGGAAAAGUUUUAAGUACAUGUGUAAGAUUA